UUGACUUAUGAUCUCAACUAUAUAAAAUAUCAUAAGUAUUCGUAUGAUAAGUGAUAGUAUAAAUAAAUCACAUAUAAGUUAAUCAUAACCAUUUUGGACUUAGAUCUCAUUGAAUGAUUUAAUUGUUAUUCGGUAAUAACUAUGCAUAUAACCAUCAUUAUUACUAUGAUUAUCAUUACUAAUCUUUGUUGAUAAACAUCAGUCUUUAAUUUGUCCAUAUAACCAUGACUUUUUAUCCUUUUUAUUUGAUAAGUUCAGUUUAUUUUUUCUAUCUUCAUAUAACAAAAGAUACUAAAUCUCCAUGUAUAUAUCUACGUAAUUAUUACGGAUUAGCAAUUAAAUCAUGUAAUGAGACCUAAGUCCAAGAUGGUUAUAUGAUUAUUAUUGUUUGGUUUUUUUUUGUAAGAAUUGAAUAAAAUUCAUCGAAAGAUAACUUGUACUGAUGGGUGACCUAUGCUCCUCUACGAGAGGGGUAAGUUAAAGAUAACUUGAAAAGAUAUAGAUGAUUAUUGAUUAUUAGUUAAUGAAUAUAUAUACACAUACAUACAUACAUAUAUAUAUAUAUAUAUAUGUCAUCUCUCGUAAUACUGAACUUUGGAUAGUAACAAACAACAUUCAAACAUUGAAGUAUGAACUCGUUUAUUCGAUUGAUUGUUGUUGGGGUUGUUUUCGUUUCUCCUCUUUUUUUUUAAAUCUCCAUCCAGUUUAAGUAUAUAAAGGUUUAUGUUGUGUUAUGGUCCAAUAUUAACUUAUCAUGUUAUUAAUUACAUUAUUCAUGAUAUCAUUUUGUAUUGUGAAUUGUAAACCUUUAAAUAAUAUUAAACAUCAUUUGAUUGUUGAUGAUGAAUAUAAUGGAAAUAAUGUUGAUGUUGAGCAAAUCUACUUGACUGAUCCUCCUACAUCGGAAGCUUAUCAUGAUAUUACCGAAUCAACUACAACAAGUCAAUAUUAAAAUAUUAUAAUAAACAAUCAUUUCUAUUAGUUUGUUUGAUUUCUUGAUUAUUCGAUGUUAUUCCAUAAGUUUACAUCAAUAACUGAUUAUCAUCUUUGAUCAAUUAACCAUGUAACAUGUUGCCAAUGAAAGAAUAAAGUUAGUAGAAUAACUAAGUAUAC